AUCUUCUGACCAUAUGCCCAUAACACACUUACGCUCUGCAAUGCCUUAAUAUAAUGUAAAAGUAGCAAUAUAAACAUCAUUUAUUCCAUCUCCAGCCAUUUGGUACAACUAUAUAUUGUGGCUGGACCAGUUACAAUUGAUUUUGUCCACACUCGGUUCAAGUAGUAAGUGUAUAAACAUUGUUGGUGCAAUAUCUAUAAUGCCUGUAUUUACAAUACCCAACUCACAUUUGCUAACUUUCCGGUCCAAGAUUUAUUGGUUCUCCUAUUACUAAGCAGCAGUAAUGCCAGUUACCCCACUUCUUCAAAGCACGAACUACUCAAAGUGGCAUUCCCUUCAUCCAGUCUUGGCAUUUGUAGGGAAAUAGCAAACAGAAGAAGAAACCAGUUUUUACGGUUCAUUCAAUUCCAAGACUUAUUUUUCUCAAUCCUAAUAAAUUUUGGAGUACCAACUUCUUCUACUCAGAUCUUGAAUAAUGUUACUCAAAAGUUCUUCUUUCAUCUUCCCUACAGAACUCUUGCCUCUAUUUCGCAAAGUUGCAUCACUUUCCAUGUGUUGCUUCUACUGUGGUAAAAUUGUCCCACUCAUUCAAGUUCAGCCAACCAAUAUGUGUACCUCUUAUCUACUGAUACAAAUAAUUUCAUCACUAGUCCCAUGACCAUGAGUUUAAACCUCUUAAUGUCUUAUAUAAAUACCCGAAUCAUAUGUAACUAGCAUUGUCUUUCUUGCUUUCUAAAAGCAUGUUCUCAUUUUGUAGUCCAGCAAAAAAUCCUAAUCCUUCAACCAUUUUCUUAAAGAUGCCAAGCUUCAGUUUCUUAUACCUGCUCAUGCUGAUGCAUUCCACUUUUGCAACCUCUAUGCGUCCAUUGAUGCAAAUAUCAAGAGCAAUUGAAUGGAGUUCAGAGAGAAGGCACCUGGAAUCAGAGACAGGGUCAUGUAGAACCGGCAAUCUUAUUGAUGACUGCUGGAGAUGCGACUCAGAAUGGGAAACCAACCGGAAAAUGCUAGCAGAUUGCGCAUUUGGGUUUGGACGCAAUGCUGUGGGAGGUCGAGAUGGAAAACUUUAUGUAGUCACAGAUUCUGAUAAUGAUGAUCCCCUAGAUCCAAUUCCAGGCACGCUCCGGUACGCAGCUAUCCAAGAAGAACCUCUGUGGAUCAUUUUUGACCAUGACAUGAUCAUUAACUUAAAGGAAGAACUAGUUAUGAACUCAUACAAGACCAUAGACGGAAGAGGGUUUAACAUCCAGAUAUCAAAAGGGCCAUGUAUAGCAAUUUAUAAUGUCAGUAACAUAAUCAUACAUAACAUCUACAUACAUGACUGUGUACCAGGUGGAAUUGAAGUAAUGAAGAACUCGCCACAGCAUUCCACCUUGAGAGGCUACUCAGAUGGUGAUGGAAUAUCAAUUUAUGGAUCAAGGGAUGUAUGGAUUGAUCAUUGUACUCUGGCUAGCUGCCAUGAUGGACUUAUUGAUGUCGUAUAUGGCUCAACAUCGAUAACAAUCUCAAACAACUAUAUGUUUCAUCACAAUGAGGUAAUGCUUAUGGGUAACAAUGAUGACUUCCUUGCUGACAAGAAUAUGCAAGUUACGAUUGCCUUCAAUUUCUUUGGGGAAGGCCUGGUUCAAAGAAUGCCUAGGUGCAGACAUGGAUAUUUUCAUAUUGUAAAUAACAUAUAUACAAGCUGGGAGAUGUAUGCAAUUGGCGGAAGUGCCAAUCCAACAAUCAAUAGCCAAGGGAAUGUCUUUAUUGCAUCAAAUAACAGCUUCACAAAGGAGGUAACUAAGCGUGAAAUCUCGUCAGACAAUGAUGAGUGGAAAAGGUGGAAUUGGAGAUCAGAUGGAGAUCUGAUGCUCAAUGGUGCUUUCUUCACACCUUCCGGACAAGAGAGCCCUGCAAGCUACAUUAAAGCAUCAAGCAUGGUAGCAAGACCAGCUUUGCUACUUACAACUAUUUCUCCAUCUGCAGGAGCUCUAAACUGUCAGAAAGGUUUCAAAUGCUGAAGUCCAGGCCAGCAAAAUUCUUCUUGUAUCUUUUUUGUUCAUUUUCUCCAUUAGAUUUAAGUAAAGCUUAAGUUUCUUUGAGUUAAUGUCAUGACCUUAUUGAAUUUAUUUAUGGUCUUGAAUAUGCAUUAGGUAAGGAAGUCAAAACGGGGAUCGAACUUCUUUCUAUGAAUUGUAUUAUUGUAUAUCCA